AUGGAUCCAAACGGUUCAAUUAACCCGAUCGGCGGCUUUCCCCGGCGGCGAGGUCCGGCCGUCGUCGUAGUGCUCUUCCUGUUACCCACUCUCGCCGCCGGCGCCGCAUGCUUCACCUCGAUCUUCAGCUUCGGCGACUCCAUCGCCGACACGGGGAAUCAAUGCAUACUCUUGCCGGCCGACCCACCCUGCACCCUUCCCUUCGGCCGGACCUUCUUCCACCGCUCCACCGGCCGAAAUGGAGACGGCCGAUUGAUGAUCGAUUUCAUCGCUGAAUACUUGGGGCUUCCACUGGUACCGCCGUCGCUGGGAGGUGGGAACCGGAGCGAUUUCCGGACCGGCGCCAAUUUCGCGGUGGGCGGCGCGACGGCGCUCGACUGUGAGUUGCUGAAAAACAGAGGGAUCCCCUGUUAUUUAGACAACAUUUCCUUGGGAGUUCAGUUGGAUUGGUUCCGAAAAUUGCUGCCGACGCUCUGCGACUCCUCCGGCGCCUGCAGCUCUCUCUUGAACAAUUCUCUUGUGCUUCUGGGAGAAAUUGGGGGAAAUGAUUACAAUUUCGCUUUCAGCUCGGGAAUAAGUUUGAAUAAAAUUCAAGAACUUGUUCCUAUGGUGAUCAAUACCAUAGGCUUGGCUCUCAAGGAAGUAAUAAAAUUCGGUGCAACCAACAUCCUGGUCCCGGGGAAUUUUCCCGUCGGGUGCGUGCCUCGCAUUUUAUCUCGUUUCCGGAGCUCGAAUCCACGAGAUUACGAUCCUUCCACCGGCUGCCUCGCCCAGUACAAUCAGUUUGCGCAACUCCACAAUGAACAACUUCAGAUGGAACUAAAUGAUACGAGACGACUCUAUCCUCACGUCAAUAUCAUCUACGUCGACUACUACAACGCUCUCAUGCCCGUCUAUCUUUCCCCGAAGAAGUUCGGGUUUACUGGUGGAGUUCUGGAGCCAUGUUGCAGUGGGUUCACCGGCGGAGUUCUGAAACCGUGUUGCAAUGGAGGGAUGAAUCGAUCGACUAUCUGUUGUGAUGAGCCUUCAACAUAUGUGAACUGGGAUGGGAUUCAUUUCACUGAAGCAACUUACAGACUGAUUGUCAAGGGGAUUAUGAAAGAUGGGUCACUCACAAACCCUAAUCUCAAUGCUUCAUCUUGUCUUGUUGGGGAUCCUUAG